AGGAAAAUUAAAUUUUACUAAAAAAAAAAAUACAAAAAAAAUACAAAAAAAAAUACAAAAAAACAAUAACAUAAAAAUGGAUAAAGAAGGUGUUAGUAUACAUGAAUUUGUAGUUCAAGAAGCAAAAGAAAAGAGUUACGAAAUAGAAGUAAAAACAUUAAAAGAGUUCGAAAAAGAAAAAAAUCUAUUAGUUGAUAAAGAAAUAGAAUAAAUAAAAGAAUAAUACGAGACAAAAAUGAGACAAGUUGAAAUGAAGCAUAGAAUUGAGCAUUCUUCUGCUAUAAAUAAUGCAAGACUAUAAAAAAUGGAAGCAAGAAACCGUGCAAUGAUGAAAUUAUUCUCAGAUGCUUAAUAUAGUGUCUUUACUAAAACAAAAAGUGAUGUAAAUUUUUACAAAGAUUUAUUAAGAAAGCUUAUGGUUUAAGGAUUUAUAAAAUUAUUUGAUGAAAAGAUAGUUUAUGUCCGUUGUCUAUAAAAAGACAAAGACUUAUGCUCUAGUAUUGUUGAUUAAGCUGUUUCUGAUUUCCAAAGAUUAGUAAAGUAAGAAAUGAACAAGGAUGUAAAAUUAAAAGUUGUAGUUGAUGACCAUAGAUUUCUAGAAGAAAGAUAAUUGAUUAAUAAUUUCUCUAUCCCUGUAGAUUAAUAUGAUAUUCAUACUGGCUAAUUAGAAGUAAUACAAAAAAAUCAAGAUGAUAAAAAAUGCUUUGGAGGUAUUGUUUUAACUAACAAAAAUGGAGACAUUAUUGUCAAAAACACUCUUGAUGUCAGAUGUGAUCUUUGCUUCUAAGAUUCUCUUCCUGAUAUUAGAAAUUUUAUGUUUCCUAAUCCUCUUCCGGUACAUAAUUAUCAAAGAUAACAAAAUAACCAUAAUCAUUGA